GUGUCGUAUACAGCACAGAACACGUUUAAUCCUAUAAGAAAUGUUGUGGAGACAAUGCACAUCGAGGAAAAUCCUCAAUUGGAGGUGAUUAGUCUCACUGUUGGUGAUCCCACAGUUUUUGGUAACCUACCACCAAAUGAAGAAUGUGUUCGGGCGCUCUGUUACGCAAUAAAGUCAGGAAAAACAACGGCUACAAGCCAGCUCAUGGAUGCAAAGAGGCACGAAAUGCCGUUGCAAAAUACAGUUCAACACCUGAAUACAUCGUGGAUGCUGAGGAUGUUGUGUUGGCCAGCGGUUGCUCUGGAGCAAUCGAGAUGGCAUUGAACGCCCUGGUUGAUCGUGGUGAUAACAUCUUAAUUCCAAGACCUGGUUUCUCUCUUUACAAAUGCAUCUGUGGAUCGAGGGGGAUUGAAGCACGAUCUUAUAAGCUCUUUCCUGAAAAUGGUUGGGAAGUCGACUUGGACGAUAUGGCUUCACUUAUUGACGAGAGAACAAAGCUUAUUGUCGUUGUCAACCCAUCAAAUCCCUGUGGUUCUGUGUACAAAAGAGAACAUUUGGAAGAAAUUUUAAACAUUGCUGAAAAAUACCGCGUCCCAGUUCUCUGUGAUGAAGUUUACGCGCAUGUCACAUUCGGCAAAGAGCCUUUCCAUAACAUGGGAAGUUUAACAAAAAAUGUUCCUGUUCUAGUUGUCGGUGGCAUCACGAAAAGGUUCUUGGUGCCAGGCCGGCGUAUCGGAUGGAUUGUAAUUCACGACAGAAAUGAUUCCUUUGGUUUUAAGCUUUUGAAAGAAAAUGGCCUGGAGAAGAGGAAGUUCUUUUCGUAUAUCAGUCUUGUUGGAUGAAGCGCUUAUUAUUGCGUUAUGGGAACGAAAUGUGUUUAAUGGAUGCCACUUAUCACACAAAAUACCUUAUUUUCUUGACACUUGGAAAGUUAAUGUUUUAAAGUUUUCCAAUUCGCAUCUUUUGAGGUAUGCACUACCGUUGUUUUUCUUAUGUGUCCGAUCAAAUGUUUGUUACAUCGUUGUUGCUGUCUUCAUAUCCCAAAAUGAGGACUUGGAUUCCAUAUCAGAAGUCCUGAACAUCAUCAGUCAAGAGAAUCCACUGUGGAAACCUAAAAACAUAAUGGUUGAUUUUUAUUAGCUGAAAUUGGAGCAAUCAAACAAUGUUUUCCAAGUAAGACGGAACAAAGCAAUAGCCUUUUUUGAAGAAAAUGUUUUUGACGAGCUUACUUACUUAAUGAGUGGGUUUUUUUUGGUUAGAAACACACAUUCAUGUUUGCGAUUUUCAUCGAGAGAAGGCGUGGAACGAAUGGAUUAAUAAGCGCAGUAAUGGAACGUAUCUUUACAAACAUGAGCUAUUGCAAAUAGCACAAGUCAAAUCGCAUUACAGAAAAACAUUGAUGCAUUGAAAAACAGCCAUACAAACAACGGAGUGGAAAGGCAAAAUAACUGGUUAAAGCAUUCAUAUUUAGAGGACAGACGAAAUCAUUCGAUAAGUGAUCUCGUCAAUAUAUUACUAACACAGUUCCUGCCUGAUAGCUACAAAAAGUAUUGUGCAUACUGUUUUUGGUUAUUUUAUAUUUUAGUGGUUUGUCACAGCUUAUUAGGUAAUUACCAAUGGUAAUUACAUAUACAUGAGUAUUCGUCAAUUGUUACUUACCGCUGACAUGUUAAGAAUAAUAUAUGGGCGCGUACAUUAGUUGACCAUGAUCUAGUGCCGACCUGUGAGAUCGGGGUCGGAUUCAACGUCAGGAAGUGAGAAAAGGUAUGAGAUGUAGUUGGUGUCUGGACAAAUGAGUAAAUGUUGUGAGAUAGCACUAGAAUUAUUGUAAUUAGUGGCAUGUUGGGUUAGUCUUGUGUGUAGGUUUCGUUCAGUUUUGCCUACACACAAGACUACAAACAAGACUAACCUACACACAAGACUAACCCUAAGUUUCGCAGCCUGCAUUGAAAAACUAUUAGUCUGAUGAUGUCAUUGGAAUAAAGACGAAAUAUUACACCAUCUUUUGUUUCAAACUUUUGUAUUAUCUUGAAUAUAAAGGAAACGAGAUGUCCCUUAUUGGAAUUUGUUUUAUUUUGUAUUACUUGAAAUUGUCUGCUUGUCCUGGUCAUUUGUCGUAAAUAAUGUUUCCAUAAUUUCGUAAAAGCACUAUUGCUAAUGCGCAUUUAAUAUACACGACGACUUUUUUUAGAAUAGACAUGUUUCGACAUCUCAUGAUGCCAUCUUCUGAAGAAACAAACCCUUAUACCAAGUCAUCGUAAUCACCUUUUUAGGAUUAGAUGGGAUAAAGGCCUUUCUCUAAUCUCUAAGUUAACACUGUCCUCACACAAGCUCUACAAUUAAAAGUCGGGGAGCUUACAUGCUUUAGUUUGAUGUUCAUUUAUCAAUCAUUUUGUUUUUAUGUCCAGAAUAUUGUUAUUUGUCAUUGGCCAUUUUUAUAUUAGAGACGCUUAAUGCGUCUGGACGAACUUGGGCAAGAAAUUUUUGUUUGUCUGGUUAUGCGUCUUCAGUGUAAAGACGGACACAAGACGCAUUAUACGUCACGACGAAUAAUUAUCAAUGGUGAUUCGUGUCUGUAGACAAAGAAUCGAACAUAGUUCGUCUAGUCGUAUAAUGCGUCAGUCUGUAUAAAGACGGCACUUAAACGAAUAACUCAAUAAAGUGAGAGAGAUUAUUCCCAAAAUCAAUAAGAUUUUCUCGUAAUUUUCAAGUUGUUCGUCUGAUACUUUAUUGUGCUUACAAUUUGUUAACAUUACACAGCAAUUGAUCGCAAACCUUUCUGGUAAGCUUGUGCUUUGAAAGUAUGUCACAUGUCUAUGGAUGAUAGCAUUCUUCAGACCAAUGGAGUUGGUAUAAUAGUUAAUUCAUAUUACAACUUUAAAACGUAGAUCUAUAAAACAAUAGAAAAAGAUUAUUUAUCUUGGUUAUAAAUCAGCUAUUUCUAUUUAUGCAAGUGACUCGUAAAAUGUACUUACAACCAAACAUUGUGUACAUCAAACAUACUCUAUAUUGUUCAAUGAAUAAUCAGUAAUAGCAUUCUUUUUCACAUGACUUUCUUCGUUGCUAAGAUUAUUUAACUGUAGAUAACCCUUGCUUUUCUCUGUAGUGCAAAUAUAAUCAAGUAGAAAUUUCUUCUCGCCAGGCUUUCUCGAUUGUUUAAUUUCAUCUUGACAUGACUUUUGUACUUAUGUUUCGCAGACCGGUGAGAGAUGACGUCAUAUCAUGAUGCAUCUUCCAGAUUAAGAGAUCGAUAAGGCAGUUCGUUCUUCGCCUUAGCACAAUCAAGAUUCAAAAUGAAUUCUCAAAGCUACAAUACAUUUUUAUAAAAAAACGAAAAACUGACAUCGUUGUUGCCGGCGCCAAGCAAUAAAAAAUAAAUAUUAAAGCAUCCUGAAACGAAAAAUAUAAAAAUCAGAUUUAAUGAUUAGGAUUUCAACUUUUAAGUCCGAACGCUAUUUUUAAGUAUGUCUGAUCAUUGAGAUGAGACAAAAUUAACCUUAUUAUCUAGUAUCAGUCAUCAAAUAUCUUUAUUGGAAAAGUUGUCGUUCAUAAUCUUAAUUUGUUUGAGCUAUCUUAUUGGUAAAAAUGGUAUUACAUAUUUUGUCUGGCUGCCUCAACUUUGCGUUUAUUAAUAGUUUAGUUUUCCAGAACAUUUCACCAAUUCAAAUAAAUGUAUGUAAGCUGUGAAUAAGGUGUAUAUAUAAACUGUGUAUUGAUUUUCUUAACUUCCUAAAUUAUAAAUCUUUAAUUUUUGAGCUAUCUUACUUGUAAAA